UCUGUGUAGCCCUGGGGUGGGGACCGUUACUCUAAACCUGCUUCAGAGACGACUCGUCCGGAGAUGCUCAGUUACACAGGAAUUCCAUUCACUAGUCUAGGAGUAUAUGCUAUUCGAUCAGAGGAGUAUAUACGUCGCCCCUUUCAACCCACCAAAUUGCAGUUUAUACCAGCCAGGAGUUACCAGCGCUAUAAACUCCGUGCGUGUUGAAACUCAACCAAUCAGCCCCUUUGUGAGAACCUACGAAUUCUAAACGUAAGAUUCUUCGGGGCUUAGGCUUAUAAUGCUCGAGAUGAAGCCGUCUUACCUCUGGACCGCCCCGGAAGUCGACCCGAUUAAUCGUAAGGCCCGCUCCGUCCCCGUUUUAAACGUCUUUAAUGUCUACGGGCGUGUAUUCUUCUUCUCCUGGUGGGGAUUUAUGGUUGCAUUUUGGGCGUGGUAUACGUUUCCACCAUUGUUGACGCAUACCAUUAAAGCCAACCUUCAUCUUACCUCGGCCGAGAUUGCUAAUUCUAACAUCGUCUCGUUGUGUGCUACACUGUUGAUUCGAUUCGCGGCUGGUCCUGCUUGCGAUCGGUUUGGGCCUCGUUGGGUAUUCGCCGGUACGCUCCUGGUCGGGUCGAUCCCUCUCGGGUUAGCUCCUCUCGUUCACGACGCCCAAGGCCUCUACGUGAGCCGUUUCUUCAUAGGUAUCCUUGGCGGGUCUUUCGUGCCUUGUCAAGUCUGGUCGACAGGAUUCUUCGACAAAAAUGUUGUCGGUACUGCCAACGCCCUGACUGGAGGCUGGGGCAACGCCGGCGGUGGAAUCACCUACUUCAUCAUGCCGGCCGUCUUUGACUCCCUUGUGGCUCGAGGCUACUCAGAUGGCGUAGCGUGGCGUCUUACCUUCGUUGUUCCCCUCGUAAUAACGCUUGCCACCGGCAUAUCCAUGUUGCUCCUAUGCCCCGAUACACCCACCGGCAAAUGGUCUGAGCGACAUCUCCACGCUGAACAAAAUUUAGCCUCUCACGGCGGCAAGGCAGCCCCUGGCCCGGCGGAUAGCGUAAUCGACGUCCCUGGUAACAUCACGGACAAGGCCAGCUCAAGCGGCGGGAACAGCAUCCAUGAGGUCGAGAGGGACGCCAAGAAGCCUCAAAAACAUGCCAACUGGGAUCAUGAAGCCGUCAUGUCGCGAGGCGAAAUGAUAGGGGCAGCCAAAGGCGAGGUUGUACAGAAGCCGACAUGGGGCGUAAUCUCAGGGGUGAUGUUCUCUCCACAGACUGCCUUUCACAUUCUGACGUACAUGUGCUCAUUCGGUGGGGAGCUCGCUAUCAACGCCGUACUCGGAUCAUAUUACACGAAGAACUUCCCACAGCUAGGCCAGACUAACGCCGCUAACUGGGCUGCUAUGUUCGGCUUCUUAAACGUGGUUACCCGACCCCUCGGCGGCGUUAUGGCAGACGUCUUAUACCAGGCCUCGGGUCGCAGCGCCUGGGCCAAGAAAAUCUGGAUCGUGGUGUGCGGGUGCAUAUCCGGCGCCGCACUCGUCGUGAUCGGCCAGAUUAACCCGCAUAGUCUGUCUGCUAUGGUCGGGCUUGUGGCGCUAGCAGCGCUAUUCCUGGAGGCGGGCAACGGGGCUAACUUCGCACUCGUGCCGCAUGUGCAUCCGCAUGCCAACGGCGUUGUCUCCGGAACCACGGGUGCGGGAGGUAACCUCGGAGGUGUCAUUUUUGCUAUCAUAUUCCGGUUCACGGGCGCGGGGACCGACUACGCUACCGCGUUCUGGGUCAUCGGCGUGAUUACCAUCGUGCUCAAUCUCGGGCUAUGCUGGGUCCCGCCCGUACCGAAGGGCCAGGUUGGCGGGCGCUGAUUUACUUGGCAUGCACUUGGGACUUAAAAAGUAUCUCUUUAAACGAAAUCUUGGCGUCGGAGUUUUAUUUGUAUGUACCUGAUUUGAAACGAUCCCACGCACGGGGGAAGUUGGGC